AUGCGCCAGGUCGUGAGCGGCCCUCCAAAUUACUAUAGUAUUUCACGUGUAGUGUCCGUGAGAAUAAAUUUUCCGCUGCUCUCUGUCUCGCGCGCGUUCUGUUUUGGUCAUGGCAGCUCGUUGACGGAUUCCGCGAAUCUCACCGUACGGUAG